GACCCCAAAAUUUCGUUUGAGCUGUGCCAGUUGAAAGUAUCCAAUGGAAAUGACUGACUUGCCAUAGCAGACAAUUGUUCGCUUUAUCGUUAUUUCCGUUUUGUAUUACAAAUUCCAUCACAAUUCCCCUCGCAUCUAUUUGUAAACAUUCAAUUUCUGCAAUGUAAUUGUCUAAUUAUUUCCACACAUGUAUCUACACCCCCCAGCCAAUUCCAUUUACGGAAUAACGAUAGAAAACUCUUUACAGAAAUACCGUCGUCAUAGGUAGUCACUAGCAACCCUUUACCACCUUUACCUCACCCGGGUUGCCAUGGCAAGGAAUGGGGCUUUUGUCUAAAGGAGCGUCAUGUUUGCCAACGUUAGGUCGAUAAACGAAAAACAUUCAGCCCGGGUGCCCUCCAGCAGUAGUCUGGAACGUUCAUGUUAUUGUUAUCGUUAGUUGGGCGCACACGUUUCGAAAGUGCAAGUGAAACGGUCGGCAUUUUUUGCGAUUAAAACUCUCUUUCCCUGUGGCAUGUGGAAGCUGAAAAGUAAGCUGAAACGCAAAUUCCGCUCAUCGAAGAUCGAUUGUAAUAGCAAUCGGGUAGAUUACGAUGUGCACUCGCUUGAAUCCGAGAGUCCGGCCCGACCCGCUUCGGAGCAAUCCGAUACAUCGGUGGCAGUACCGGGUAGCAGCAGUUGUGGUGACGGUAUCGGUUACCAUAGGCACGCUCGAAAUUGCUGUAGCGCCCCGGUUGGUGGUGCUGGCAGUAGCGACAAUUCAUCCCUUUUCAGUUACAACUGUUGCUACAAUUACAAUUUGCACAUCAAUUACAACGUGCACCACCGGUUGCAGCACAACCAUGUGGCUCCCCAUCAUCACCAUCAUCAUCGCCAUCACCAUGGCAACCGGCGGGAAGGCACGGACGAUAAUACCGACGGAACACCGUUCGGUAGCACUAGCUGCAUGACGGGUGCAGGGUCGGAAAGCUCGACUGAAGUUCCACGAAAGGCUCGAGCAUCGUGUGCCAAAACUCGACGAAACCGAACCGCUGCGUCCAGCGCGUCCUCGACAAAAGUGUCCUCGGAACCGGACAUUGAUAGGAAGGGGGCCUUGCUUGAAAAUAAAAUCACCACAAGAUGCCUUUCAACGAGCGAUCUUUCGUCGUACAAAAGCCGGCCUGAGCAGCGGUCUCGCAAUGGAGUGGCGAGUGGCGAAGGAAAAAAGAACCCAUCUUCGGCCGGUGGGUCUGGUGUCCGACGACCGCGUUCCGCUUCUCAGCGUGGUCGGGCGGAUUCGCUCGAUAACACUACCGGUACCGAUUCCGCAAUGUCCACCGACUACCACACCAUCUGUCGACGGUUGCACGCAAUCUCGCUCCAAUCGGAGGCGGCCACUCCAUCAUCCGCCGAUCCGAUCGCGGGCCGUGCCGAUCUAACCGAUCACGAUCGACGCAUCCUGCACUGCAUGGUGCUGAAGCGCAUCAAGGAGCUCGAGCAGCUAGAGGAGGCCGUCCUGGCCAAGCAGUGCUGGGAGCAGGAAAAAGUGUUCCGCAAAUCAUUGCUCGAUCAGCAGGAGCGCAACUAUCGGAAAGCCAUCCGGCAGAAGCGCACCAUCGAGAUGAUCGAGGUGCGCAAUCGAAAGCAACGGUUGGCCCGGCUCGAGCAGCAGCAGAUAGAAAAGAUACAGAACGAAAUCAACGAGAAGGACCUUCGGUCGGCAAGUCUGCUGAAGAACAUCGAGAUCAAGAAGGGCAUCCGGGAGUGCGAACGUCGCAGCCGGGAGCUGAAGCGCCUCGAGGACGCUACGGUUAAUCAGGAGGAGAAGGUGCUCGAUAGGGACAUUUGGCGGCAGUCGCUGGUGGAAACGCUGGAGGAGCGUGCCAACCGUGCGGAAGGAUUGCGGCGCCGAGUGAUGGACGUGUACCGGCGCCGGCUGAAGAUUGACAAUCAGCUCGAGCGGAAGAUGCAUGCCCACAAUCUGAAGCAAACGCUCGAGCAGGAGCGGUACAAGCUGUCGCUGCUGAAGGAACGUAUCCUGGUACGGGAGAGUCGGUUCCAGAAGUUCAAAGACAGCAAAAAGCGCAUCUUCGAUCAGCUGAAGAAUCGGGCCAAAACGACGGCCGCACUGCGCGACAUGGUCAAGCACACGAUUGGGCCGGGUGGUGGCGGCAGUUCGGGAACGGUGGUGACGGUUUCGGCCAGCAACACCCGGCCCGGUUCGGUGCUGCAGCAUCAGCAAAGGUGUGUUUCUUCCGCACGGUCCAGCGGUUCGGUCGGUAUGGUGAUGGAUUCGGCGGCCUUGUCCCAACGGUUGCUGGACGUUGUACGCAUCAAAUAAGCGGGGAACGGAUGCGUUGAAUCAUUUUAAGGGCUUUUUUGUAUAUUCACCUUUACAUUUGCUUCUUACCUGGACGACGGUUCGGUCGGUACAAUAAAACGAAAGCACCGAAUAUCCUUGGAAAAA